UCCCCUUUCGUAGGAACAGCCGGGCCUCAGAUAGGCACUGCUGGAAGGGCUCUGAGAGGCUGAAAGAAAAGGUGGGACGGGCACCAGGCAGGGGGAAGGGGAGGGACCCACCCUGAGCAGCGGUGGGCGUGGCUCCACCCUUCCCACCUCAGAGCCAUGGGGAGCCUGGGGCCCGGUGGGCUGCCCCUGGUACAGGCCCCCUACACAGUUCUGCUGCUGCCACUGGAGACCAGCCGCCAAGACCCAGGGGCCCAGAGCUUCUUCCUUUGGCUGCAGAAGAUGCAGGCUCUGGAGAGGGAGCAGGACGCCCUGUGGCAGGGGCUGGAGCUGCUGGAGCACGGCCAGGCCUGGUUUGAGGGCCGUCUGAGGGAGGCACAGCAACAACAGCUGCGUCUGGGGGCUCUUGGUGAGAAUUUUCUAACAGAUUUACACUCAGAGCCUGGUGGCCCCCAGUUAGCCCAGAUUCAAAAUAUGAACAUCCGUUUGCAGAAUCUGAUUCAGGAGAAGUUCUCCCCACAUCCCUUGAAUCAGGCCAGUUCCUGUGCCACCCAGGACUGGAAGGGAAGGCAGAGGAAGCGGACUGUGUGGCAACAGCAGAAAGGAAGCGUCCUGCCCAAAGGGGAGACUGCUCAGCUCGGCUGCCCCAGUGCGCGGAGGGGCCCAACCCGAGUGUGAGGCCUCCUCUCAGUUUCCUCAGUUGGCGACAGGGGAGGCCCGGUCAGAGCCCCCAGUCUCCUUAUUCUGCCUCUUGACUUAACAGAAAAAUUGUCCAGGUGCUGGGCCGACUGAGGGCCAAACAUCUUGGUGUAGAGUUUCUUCUCCACAACUGAAAACUUCAUUUCAUCUGCUUGGUGUCUUACGCCCUCACUCCCCUUGAGUGAUCUGCAUAAAUGAUCUUUCUUUGAAAUCCCUCUCUAGAGAAGGCAUGUUCAUUGAAAUUGUCUUUCAACUUUAAAUACAAAAAUAAAAUAGGAGUCUCUUCAGAAUUUCAAAUAA